UCUUCAUAAAUAGGCUGUCAGUCGAAUUCUUGUUAGAAAGGGAUAACGUUGAAUUUUUGUGGAAGAUUAACAGGCAAAAUGGCGGGAAAACUGUUUCAGAUUUUGGGUACAAUGCUGAUAUGCACCACGACCGUCAACAUGGGGGUCAUCUUUGCCUGGCCAGCCUUCACGAUAAUGCUCUUUCAAUCCCCGAACACCACUCUACAUAGACCCAUGACGGACACUGAAAUAUCUUUGUUCAGUAGUAUGGGGAUGAUAGGAGCCCUAAUUAGUAUUCCUACAUCUGGAUACUUGUUGGACAAGAUUGGAAGAAAAAGAUACUGUUUAUUGAACUCUUUCAUUUUAUCUAUGGUCUGGUCUAUAUUAACGUUCAGCAGACGCGUCGAAAUGGUUCUCACCGCGAUCUUCCUUUCCGGACUCAGCUUCACAGUCUUCGUGGUGGCAGGAACCUUCAUCAGCGAGAUUUGCGAGCCUUCUAUAAGGGGAACGAUGACGGCUACCAACAUGGUUGCUUACGGAAUAGGAAUGCUCCUAUCAUACCUCCUUGGAGGAUACCUACAGUAUGAAGUCAUGUUGUACGUUGGAUUGAGUUUGACCGUUGCUGCUAUGUGCCUGUUGUCUAUUUUGAAGGAGUCGCCGAUUCACCUUAUGAGUAAAGGGUUCGAGAAGGAAGCCAUGCAAUCAAUCGCCUUUUACAAGAAUUUGAAGCUCGAUUCGAAAGAUAUCGUAGAAGAAAUAAAUAGCAUAAAACGGUCCCUCAAUCCCGAUCUGGAUGAGACUACACCAGAAGAAGAAAAAUUGAAGCCAGAACUGAAACCAGUUGAAAAAUUAUCUCUAUGGAAGUUUAUAAAGAAAUCCCGAUCAUCACGCAAAGCAUUCUUCACAACUUUCUUCUUGAUGACAGCUGCCAUCUCCCAAGGUUUAGUUGUAGUACAAAUACAUGCAGAGCGUUUGUUCCAUGAUGCUAUACCAACUGUGGCACCAACACUCUUGAGUGUUAUAUUGGCUGUGGCAGUAACUGGAUCCGGUAUGGUUGCUGCGUUCCUAACUGAUCUGGCUGGUAGAAGGCCUCUGAUGAUCUACGCGUCUCUAGGCACUGGUAUCAGCUGUAUGGUACUAGGAACCCAGUUGCAGUUCCACUGGGGCCCGACCUGGAUCACGGCGGUGUUCAUGUACGUCUACCCAGUGAUGUACACGUGCGGCGCAGGGACUGUUCCCUUCGUGCUUCUUUCGGAAUUAUUCUUACCUGAAGUCAAAAGCAUAUUUUCAAUGAUCUUGGUGGAAUACGCCUGCCUUUGCAACUUUGUCAUCCUUUUCAUCUUCAAUCCCCUCCUGAAGGCAGUAGGAUGGGGACCCGUCUUCUACAUCUUCGCGACCCUCAGUUUCCUGAGCUCUAGCUUCUGUGUUUUCUUUUUGCCUGAGACAAAAGGAUUGAAUGUCGAAGAAAUACAGACAGUGUUUGCGAGAAAAAGGACGCCAAAGAAUGUAGCAGCAUAGGAUACAAUAAACCUGUUUAUUUUUAUACUA